AAUGGCAAUGCUUGUCAAAAUAUUAAAAACAUGAUAUAAAAUUUUAAUAUAAAAAUAAUAAAAAAAAUGUCCAUUAAACAUCUUUUGCGUUCCUUUUUGGGUACAUAUACCACUGGGUCACUUCUCAGACAUAAAUAUAAAACAAAUUCACAAUUUCGGGAGGGCUUCCGAUGGGUCGCCAGAUCACCCUACAGUUGUGGUGAAAAAUGUGGAAUGAAAGUAACUAUAUGCGGUGCGGCUGGAUGUACAGGUCAACCGUUAGCCUUACUUUUAAAGCAAUGUCCGUUACUGGAUGAAAUAGCUCUUUAUGAUAUCUGUGCAACUUGUGGCUAUGGUAUGGAACUUAGUCAUGUGGACACCAAAUGCAAGGUCUCUUCAUUCUCUGGUCGACACAUGCUCUGUGAUGCUUUAAAGGGCGCAAGAGUUGUUGUAAUAGUGGCAAGAAAUGAAAUGGACACAUUUGAAAAAAAUUCACCAGAAAUAACUGAAAUUGCCCUUCAAAUUUGUAAUACGUGUCCUGAGACAUUCACAAUAGUAGCAACAGAACCAAUUGAAAGCUUGGUGCCACUAGUGGGUGAGAUACAAAGAGUUCGCGGCGUCUAUAGCGCAAAGCGGUUGAUGGGCUGCGUUGAACUGAACUGCGUGCGAGCUAACACAGUGCUAGCUGACUUCUUAAGAGUUCCACCCGAGUCAGUGAGGGUGCCCGUCAUUGGAGGUGCCACUGCCACAACGAUGGUUCCUGUGCUGUCGGCGGCCGUGCAUCCUUGCAUGAUGAGUCAAGAACAGGUUGAAUGCAUUACGUCAUGUAUAAUGAGCGGCAAUGAAUUGGUGUGCACUGCAAAGGGAUGUCAAGCAGCGACCCCGUGUUUGGCCGGCGCGUUCUCCAUCGCGAGAACAGCCAUCAAUGUGGUGAAAGGACUCCAAGGCCACAAGAAUGUGAUACAGUGUGGCUACGUCGACAACCUUAGCAUAUGCGCACCCAACUGUCAGUUCUUCUCUAGUGAGGUUUUGUUGGGGCCCUCCGGUAUAGAAAAGAUUCUUGGGAUUCCGGAGUUGUCAAAGUUUGAAAACUGUUUGUUGCUCAACUGCCUACCACACGUACGCAAUGAGAUCGCAAGAGCUAUCUGGCUGGUGUACUCAAUGUGUCAGCAAUGCUGUUGCCCCACCUGUCACACCCACCCCGGGACCUGCUACUCUCCGCCCGUGGUGCCGUGCGCGCCUCCCAUCAACUGGACCUGCGACUGUCCUGACAGUUGCUGUGAUGAAUAUCUUGCAUCAAUUUGUCGUCAAAUGACGUGCCAAUGUGGGAGUACUGAGCUAUGUUGGCGUCCACGACCAUCCGACUAUAACGCCGCGCGCGCUUCCAACCUGACCAAUCAGAUGCGCCUGAAGUGUGCUUCAUGUGACGACCGGAGGAUACCAGGCAGCGUGCGCAUUGAACAGAUGAUGAGGAACAGGGCUAAAGACCCCUGCGCGUGAUAAUAAUUAAUUAUAUCACCCUUAUUCUGGAGAUAUAUUUGUGCAAAUUUCUAUGCAUUGUUUUUGGUAUCACUUUGUACUGGAUAUUAAAUAAAUCACUGUCUGGUUAUAAA